GUUCAGCGCUAUCUGGACAAUCACUGUAAUAACGCCACCGACCGUCGCAUCCUCUCCCUCUUCCUGGAGAUCGUGGCAGACCUGCGCGGCGCGGCGCAGCUCCUGGAGGGCCUGGCGCCUGAGAACAGGCCUCCCGACGAGAGCCUGGAGGCCUGCAAGGCCUUGCUCUGCCCCACGAGCGACCUCAGCGCACUGCGGGCCAAGUACCCCCACGAUGAGGUGAACCACCUGAGCUGCGACGAGGCCAGGAAUUACUACGGAGGAGUGGUGAGCCUGAUCCCGAUGGCCACGGACCUGGCCUGGCAGUGCGUGUCCGGUGCCGGCCCAGCUCACAAGGCCCCGAAGAGGACCGGGCCGCCGUCCCUCCAGGGCGCGCAGCCCGGCACAGAGCAGCAGAGCAGCAGCGCCAAGGAGAGCCCUGCCAUCACGGCCGUGGGCACUCAGACCAAGCGGGCCGGCAACGCCAUGGAGCAGCUCCACUACUCCCCCACCAAAGGACAGGGGGGCUGGCACACCGGCAAGCCAGCCUGGAGACCUCCCGGCCACACCAGUAAAUUCUGAUCUUUCUCCCCCCCCCCCCACCCGCGACAGUGUUGCCACUCCAGCCGAUUCCUUCUCUGCUCUGUGAAAAGUAAAAAUGCACCCGUUCAAGCACGCCAAAGAGCAUCUCUCUCCAGAUUUUUGAUUAGACAAGCGCAAGAGUUAAAAGAAAAAGAUGUUAAUUAAGCCCAAAUUGUUACUCCUCUCUCUUUUUUGGUUUCUUAGGAAUCUGAGUGGACUUUACUACACAGGGGUAGGUUUGCAACACCUCAUGAUCAAUAUAGCCAUACGGCAGAGCUGAUCAGGGGAGGCGAGAAUUAGAUUAGAAGAACCCUGCGAUUUUUCCCCAACAACUGUAUCUUGACAGAGUUUGGCACAUUAUCUUGAUCAUACUCUUCUAGUAAUUAAACUGGUGAAAACGAGGUUAAACGCACAAUUUGCUAUUGGAUGCUGCACUAAUUUUGGCAAGAAUCUGACUCCACUUUGCCAGCUGCCACUUUGUCGAUGGUAUUAAUGCACUUCUCACAGUUCAAAAACAGAAAGAAGAUAGUUUUCUGAGCCUUUGCUCCAUCAAGAAAUGCUAUCAGGCAACACAUCACCUUAUAUAUUUAAAAUUCCUACCAUGCAAAACCUACUGACGUCUAAAAUGCAUGCUGUUGUAUGUCUCACAUGAUGCAGCUAUGAAGAAUUUUGGCAAGAUUAAAACUGAAGCAUUUUGAAUCAUCACAUGUUCAUAUUAUUCAAAAUCCAAUAAAGAGAAAAAAUAAAACAUUGACUGUA